AGCCAUGCUGCCGGAUGUUGCUUCGCUGAUGUUUGUUGCCGCAACCAGUAUCAUUUGUGCAAACUGGUUGGAGAUAAAAUCGAAUCUUCUCCUCGGAACUAAUGCAACGCUGUCGAAGACGUGUUCGAUCACUACGUUUGGGAUCGUCUCGAAUGUAGUGAUAUGUGAGCUUUCUUUGCGGUUACUGUGGAUUCCAGUUCAAUAUUUCGUACGGUAUUUGAGAGAUGAAAAGAUAUUAGCCAGAAUCGUACGAACGCUAUUCUGCUUCUUGCAACCUUUCGAAAGAACCCGGAAACUGUUAUCGAGUUGGAUGGAAGCCUCCAAAGAGGAGGCUGGUUUUAUAUUCACUCGGAAUCUAAUCGCAGCUUUCUAUCUGUUGAUUACGCUACACAAAUUCAACUACUUCACAAAACUCCGAACAUUGCGGAAAAGACCAGCAGUACUAGCUGGCGUUACUGAAGGCGAGCCUACUCAUCUGGAAUAGAUUCUCGAAAGUUUUGCGUGUCAGAAGCCUUGGUACGAGUUUUACAUUCCUGAUUUCAUUGUUUAUUUUAUUUAUUAUGAUAAUUAACUAAAUGGUAAACGUAUCAAAUAGAAUAGGCAAAGGAUGAGGGGAAAACUAUUCAUAAUACCGUUCUACUACAAAAUUUAAGUAGUUUUGUUAGGCGAAUGACCUAUGAGGUUAAAGCCUUCAAUUAAAUAA